AAAGAAGGGUCGAAGUUUAGACCGCUCACAGUAGUUCUACCCAUAGAAAAGAUCAUGAAAGAGGCGAUCAGAAUGGUACCCGAAUCCAUUUACGAUCCCGAGUUUCCAGACACAUCGCACUUCCGCUCGGGUCGAGGCUGCCACUCGGCCCUCAGACGGAUCAAAGAAGAGUGGGGAACCUCUCGCUGGUUUUUGGAAUUCGACAUCAGGAAGUGUUUUCACACCAUCGACCGACAUCGAUUCAUCUCAAUCUUGAAGGAAGAGAUCGACGAUUCCAAGUUCUUUUACCCCACUCAGAAACAGUUUUCCGCCGGACGACUCGUAGGAGGUGAGAAGGGCCCUGACUCCGUCCCAAACAGUGUACUACUAUCGGCCCUAUUAGGCAAUAUCUACCUACACAAGCUCGAUCAGGAGAUAGGGAGGAUCCGGCAGAAGCACGAAAUUCCUCUUGUAGUGAAAAUAAGAUCGGUUCUAUUAAGAAUAGGUCGUCGUAUUGAUGACCAAGAAAAGUAUGGAAAAGAAGCAAGCUUCAACGCUCCCCAAGACAACAGAGCCCUCAUAGUGGGGAGGGUAAAGAGCAUCCAACGCAAAGCGACCUUUCAUUCCCUUGUUUCGUCGUGGCACACCCCCCCCACAAGCACCCCCAGGCGAAGGGGAGACCAGAAAACGCCUUUCGUUUUCCCUCCUUCCCUAGCCGCCUUCCUUAACAAGCCCUCGAGCCUCCUUUGCGCCGCCUUCCUCAUAGAAGCCGCUGGGUUGACCCCGAAGGCCGAAUUCAAUGGUAGAGAAGGCUUUAAUAAGAAUUUGGCCAUGAGAGACCUUCUUAAGUAUUGCAAAAGAAGGGGCCCGCUGAUAGAGCUGGGCGGGGAGGCGAUACUAGUUACCAGGUCAGAGAGAGGCCUGGCCCGUAAGCUGGCCCCCUUUAAAAGCCAUUCCUUAUUAAUAAGGAUUUGUUACGCGCGAUAUGCCGACGACUUACUACUGGGAAUCGUGGGUGCCGUAUUUCUUCUCAUAGAAAUACAAAAACGUAUCACCCACUUCCUACAAUCCGGCCUGAACCUUUGGGUAGGCUCCGCAGGAUCAACAACCAUAGCUGCACGGAGUACGGUAGAAUUCCCCGGUACGGUCAUUCGGGAAGUCCCCCCGAGGACGACUCCCAUACAAUUCUUGCGAGAGCUGGAGAAGCGUCUACGGGUAAAGCACCGUAUCCAUAUAACUGCCUGCCACCUACGCUCCGCCAUCCAUUCCAAGUUAAGGGACCUAGGUUAUAGUAUCCCUAUCAAAGAGCUGACGAAGGGGAUGAGCGGAAGAGGUCGUCUACUGGACGCGGUUCAACUAGCGGAGACUCUUGGAAAAGAAAGUCCCCAAGUUAGCGUAUUAUGGGGGACCGUCAAGCACAUCCGGCAAAGAUCAAGGGGGAUCUCGUUGUUGCAUAGCUCAGGUCAGAGCAAGGUGCCAUCAGGCGUUCAACAGGCAGUCUCACGAUCGGGCAUGAGUGUCCUGAAGAAUAAAUUGUAUACUCCCUUUGGUCGGAAGGCGGCGGGGGAAGGAAGGGGACACUGGGCGGGAUCUUUCAGCAGCGAAUUCCCCAUACAGAUAGAGGCGCCUAUCAAAAAGAUACUCCGAAGGCUUCGGGAUCGAGGUCUCAUUAGCCGAAGAAGACCCAGGCCAAUCCACGCGGCCUCUUUGACCAACGUCAGCGACAGAGACAUAGUAAAUUGGUCCGCGGGCAUCGCGAUAAGUCCUCUGUCCUACUACAGGUGCUGCGACAACCUUUACCAAGUCCGAACGAUUGUCAACUACCAGAUCCGCUGGUCCGCUAUAUUCACCCUAGCCCACAAGCACAAAUCUUCGGCGCGGAAUAUAAUCCCAAAGCACCCCAAAGACUCAAAUAUAGUCAAUCAAGAAGGUGGUAAGACCCUUGCAGAGUUCCCAAACAGCAUAGAGCUUGGGAAGCUCGGACUCGGUCAAGAUCCGAACAACGGCGGAGCACUCAACUACAUGUUUAAUAAGUAGUUGUCUUUUUCUAUUUUGAUUUUAGCGAACAGGCGUUUACAUGAGAUUAGUUGAGUAGGCUUGCCUUAGUUGUCUGCUAUAAGAUAAGAUAGCUAGUUGUGGU